AUGGGCGCUGAACUAACUGUUACGGGAUGGUUCUUGUCUCCAAUCAUACGGGAGAUGCAAGACUCCGCUUUGGCCUACAUAAAGGGGCAAUUUAGUUGGAAGAAAGAUCAGGAGAAGGAUCUUGAACGCCUUGACACCAUCCUUACAGAGAUCCUGACCAUCGUGGAUGUCAUUGAGAAGCGGGAGAUUAAGGAUGGAAACCAGAGGAGGCUGCUGAGUAAACUUAAAGACGCCAUUUACAGCGCUGUUGAUGUGCUUGACAGCUUCCAAUACUUGGUCCUGAAGUCCAAGGUCGACAGCCAAUCUGCAGUGAGUCGUGUUACCUUAUCUUGUAUUUACUUGGGUAAACGUUUGGUUGGUACCGACAAAUUCCGGUGGAAGCUAGCAGAUAUUUUGGAGAAACUAGGCGAGGUCAAAACGACAGCAGAUACCUUACUGAAAGUAGUUAAUUUUGAUAAUGCUACUGCAAAGUUAUUGCCUGUAACACGGCUGCGGGUGACUUCCCCUUUGAAGGAAAAUCACCAUAUAUAUGGCCGACGGGACGAGCUAGAUAAGCUGAGAGAGAUGUUGUUUGAGAUAAGUGAUAGUAAUACACCCGGACCCAGUAAUGCACCUGUACCCAGUUACUCAAGGAUUAAUGUUGUAUCCAUUGUAGGUGUUGGUGGGAUUGGGAAGACUAGCCUUGCACAGUUGGCGUUCAGAGAUGAGCAACUACGCAUGAACUUCAGUCUCAGGAUGUGGGUUUCUGUAUCUGAUACUUAUGAUGAGAUUAGAUUAACAAGGGACAUUUUGGAGUCUUUAACUGAUUCAAAUUAUCACACUGUUACUGAAUUUGAUGAAUUGCGGAACGCUCUUCGUGAAAAGUUAGAUGGAAAGAAAUUUCUUCUCAUACUGGAUGAUGUUUGGACACCCCCUUUACGUUUGGGAGAAUUGGACAGAGAUGAUUACUGGUUGCUAUUCAGAAACUAUGCCUUUGGUGAGAAAUAUCCAGGGCAAUUUCAAGGACUUAAGGAAAUAGGAAGAGAGAUCUGUCAGAGAUUAAAUGGUUUGCCUCUAGCCGCGAAGAUAAUUGGUCGGCUACUGAAUGCUGAUUUAGAUGUUAGCCACUGGAAGAAAGUGCUGGAGAGUGAUUUAUCUGAUGAUGUCAUGAAGGUUCUCAGAUUGAGUUACCAACAUUUACCUGUCCAAUUGAAGCUAUGCUUCAGCUUCUGCAGCCUUUUUCCAAAGAACUGGCAUUUUGAUCCUAAAAGGCUUACUGAAAUGUGGAUUGCACAGGGUUUCGUACAGAAGGAGGAUUCAUAUGACACUGAUUUGAAUAUCGAGGAUGUAGCAAAGGGCUACUUUGAUGAACUUGUGCAAAGAUCAUUCUUUGAGCGCUCAUUGUUGGACCUUCCAACAGAGUAUGUCAUGCAUGAUUUGAUCAAUGACUUGGCUCGGAAUGUCUCCAAGGAUGAGUAUAUCAGGCUUGAAAAUGAGAAACAGAAGGAGAUCCCACCAAACAUUCGCCAUUUAUCAAUAUCAGCAAAUUUGUUAGGUAACAUGAAGAAAGCCGAGUUGAGAAAUUUGCGUACCUUGAUUGUUUGGAGGAAAACAUGGCCUUGCUUACAAUUGUCCCUUCCAGAUGAUGUAUUCAAGAAGUCUAAAAGCAUCCGUGUACUGGACUUGAGCGGUUGUUGCCUGGAGAAGCUGCCUACAUCAGUGAAAGUUCUUAAACAUUUGCGCUAUUUCGCUUUUCGGGUUCCUGAGAGGCCAUGGCAAACAUCAUUGCUUCGGCUUUACCACCUCGAGGUCUUGGUCACAAGAGGACACUCCUGCCGGUAUGCUGAAUGUGUUAAUCUUCCUGCAAACAUGAAGAGGAACCUGCUCAAACUAAGAAAGGCUUUCAUUUUCAAUGUUGGCGGCAGCACAAUAUCUGGUUUUGGAGGACAAACUCUUCUCCGUGGCCAUGGGGAGUUCCACGUCAGAAAGGAGAGUGGGUACAGACUAGGUGAGCUAAAGGAGAUGAAAAAUAUCAGAGGACAGUUAAAAAUUAGAUCUCUUGAGAAUGUUGAGCAUCAGCAGGAGGCAGUUAAUGCAUGCCUAGAUUGCAAAGAGCAUAUCGAAUAUUUGGAACUCGAGUGGAGCAUACUUGCAAGGGCUUUGACAUCAGAUUUAGAUUAUGAUGUGAUCAGUGCCCUUAGACCUCACCCUGAUCUUGAACGGCUAAAGAUCAUUGGAUAUAGAGGGACGAGGUCACCCAGUUGGUUUGAAACAAACUGGCUGACUGCAUUGAGUUCUGUAAUUCUUGAGAACUGCAUGGGUUGGGUACAGUUGCCCCCUUUUGGUCAACUUCCUCUCCUCAAGUAUCUUGAGCUGAGAGGCAUGCAUGCUGUCAGGCAGAUAGGUCAAGAAUUCUACGGGAAUGGUGACAUAAAGGGCUUUCCAAUGUUAGAAGACAUCAUAUUUGAUGGCAUGCUUAGCUGGGAAGGAUGGUCCGGAAUCGAAGAUGGUUCUUUGCUUCCAUGUCUUGAAAGACUGCACAUAGAGAAGUGUCCUAAGCUUCAACAGAUGCCAGCCAUUAGUGCAACACCUAGAGUUGAAGUGGAAAUAGCUUCUCGUCCCCCACCAAUCCCUUGUUUAAUUGAUUCACUAAUUGCAACAACUUCACAGUUGAUCUUUCUAGUCAGCUCCUACAGCUUCUUAAGUGACCUGAACGGUGAGCAGCUCAGUCAUGUUGCAGAGUUGCGCCUGAAGUACUGUUUAGAUCCGAUGCCAGAUGGUGGGUUUCAGCAACUUAGCUCCCUUGAGGUGUUCCGGAUUAGCGACUGUUUAACACUAUUUUCAUCCAAUUGUACAGAAGACCAGGACACAAAUUUUCUUCCGCCAUCUCUUUGCCAACUUGAAAUAGCUAAAAGCAAUGUUCAGUCCAGUUUGUUACAGAGGUACCUGCAAGGUCUAACUUGCCUGUCCACCUUGGUGCUUGAUGGUUGCAAUUCUAUGAUCUCAUUAUCAUUUGAUUAUGGACCCCACCUCCUCCCUGCUCUGGAAACAAUAAACAUUAGAUAUUGUGAUGACCUAGCUUCAUUAGACGGUUUUCAAAAUCUUGGUGCUCUGCGAGAGUUAAUUGUUGCAAACUGUUACAAUUUUCGCUCCUUGCCAGCUGACUUGAAUACAGUGGGAUCUCUCAACAAAUUAGUUAUCUGUCAGUGCCCAUUGAUGAGGUUUCUUCCCCAAGAUGGCCUGCCUGCUUCUAUGCAGACUAUUUUGUUAUCAAAUUGCGCUCCGGACCUCGACAGCGAGCUUCAAAGGAAGGAAGGUGCUGAGUGGGAAAAGAUUGUUCAUAUCCCUGUGAAGAAAUUAGAGGUAUAUGCUGCUUUUCAUUCACUUCCCAUCCAGUGGGUCCUCAGUCCUGACUUAGUGUGUUACAGGCUCUUUGAUUUACAUAAUACUUGUUGA